AUGGUACGAGGGGAGGGAUUUCCUGUCGACCUCCUGUACUACGCUUUAGAGGAUCAUCCAUUCUCUGACUUCGACAGAGAAACCUUUCUCUCAACUCAGGGUUAUAACCAAGAGAAAAGUUACGACCCUGUAACCCCUGAGGCGUGGACUGAAACAUUACAUGCCCCGUUAGAACAGCAAGAGAGCGAGGAUACGGCGAAAACCACACGGAAGAAGGAGAGUCGUAAAAAGGGACGACCAUGUAACCCUGUCCCCCGCCAUAAGAGAUUCCCCCAUCGGGCUUUCUUUGAAUUAGAGAAGUUGGUUCCGGAAAUCAACGAUCACCCUGUGUGCCAAGACAGCAAAUCAGCAAAACUUUUUAAAGUCUCUGACCACUGUCGCCGACUGGCAGGUGAAAGCCGACAGCGAGAUGAGGAGAUAGCCAGCCUACGGCAACAAAUUGAAAGGAUGUCUAGCGAGAUCCAAGAACGGCAGUCCUGUCUACCGGCCGUGGGAAUCCAGCAAGUGGACAAACCUCCUUGCUUCCUCGACACAAUGCUCGACAACUACGUCAGAUCUAGGAUUUAUCACAACUGGAAAUUCUGGAUGUUCAGCCUUCUUGUCAGACAGUUGUUCGCCUCCUACAAUACCUCAGUCUCAACUAUCAAUCACUGCCAAUUCACACAGUCCGUAUGCCAGUGGACCGAAACAUAUCUCAACGCCCACUAUCUUCGACCCGCCGUGGGAUCUCUCCUACAGGACGUCCGUACUCAAACCCCUAUUCUGACAGAACCCUACAGAGUGGCCCAGAGCGUUAUAACCAACUUCUUCCAGACGUCUACUCAUGUCUAGAAAAUGUCCACAUGGUUAGUUUUGUGUUGUGUGAAUCAAUGUCCUAUAACUAUUCUGUCACGGCGUCAGAAUAAGGAGCGUGCACUCGGUCUGUCUGUAAUACAUCCACGCUGUCUGAAGGAACAUAUUGCGCCCCUGGCGUCUGAAGCACUCUAAUACGUCUAAAGCGCUACAUUACAACUGUGCUAUCUGAAUCAUCACACUACACCCUGGCGUCUGAAAUGCUAUAAUACACCUUCGUCUGAAGCACUCUAAUACGUCUGAAGCGCUACAUUACACCUGCGCUAUCUGAAUCAUCAUACUACACCCUUGACGUUUGAAGUCCUCUUAUACACCUUCGCUGUAUGAAUCAUCAUACUGCACCCACGACUUCUGAAGUGUUCUUGCACACCAUUGUGGUGUGAAUCAUCAUACUACACCCCUGACGUCUGAAAUGAUGUAAUACACCUGUGCCGUCUGAAUCAUCAUUCUACACCCUUGGCGUUAGAAAUUGUAUAAUACACAUUCGCCGUCUGAAUCAUUAUGCUACACCCACCACGUCUGAAGUGCUGUUAUACACCUUCGCUGUGUGAAUCAUCA